ACGCUAAGUUGCUUCCUCUCUCACAAGAAACGACAGUCCAUGAAGGGACCACGACACAGGAGCGGCAGACAAGCGCAGUAGUCCUGGUUUUCCUCCCACUUAUUCCACAGUGAAGCUGUUGUUGGUUAAAGCGUUAGACGAGCUAUAUGUAUGAGUGUAGGCUGAACUGUGAGUGCUAAGUUGGAACACUGAAGAAGUUUUAAUCGGGCUAAUGGAUUCAUUCCACGCCGUUUUUCUGUAUUUUUCCUGGAUGACGGUGGUAGCUUCCAGCGUGCUGCCACCAGUGAACGUAACACUUCAGUGUCAAAAUUUCCAUAACGUGCUAAAGUGGAGCUACCCUGAAGACACAACUGGGCUCUUAUUCAGAUUGGACAUUGGCGCAUAUCAAAAUGCUCCCCGUACGUUGAUGACUCCAGCUCUUCAAGCCGAUCUGUCGUUCCUCUCAGACCCAAACGACAGCUAUUUCGUCACCGUAACUGCUGUGGUUAACGGUAGUGAGUCUGAACCUGCCCCGUCAGACGAUGGAAUCACUUUCACCUAUUUCCACGAAAAUGUAGUUGAAACAAAGUGUUAUUUGGAUCUUCCACCUGUUAACGUCACGGCCCAGCGAGAUAACAAGGUCCAUAUCAGCUUUGAUAAUCCCAGUUUCUUUCAUUGCCAAAAGAUGAUGGAAAAAAAUAGAAAGAAAUGUUUUAAAGACAAUGGCAGCCUGGAUUCUUUCUUUAGAGUCAAGAUCCUCAAUCAGACCCACUCAUUUAACUGUGAAGAAAGAGUGUGCGAGAACACACUGCCAGUGGAUGCAGCACAACAGGAACACUGUGUGAACAUCACUGGACAAACAUCACAAGGAAUAUUCGUUAAAUCUACACAACUCUACUGUGCCGAGCCAUUCCACGAACCAUCACAAAGCAAUUUUACCGCCGUCUACGUCGUGAGUGUUAUACUGGCUGUGGCUACAUUCGGGGUGAUCCUGUUCAUGGCAUACCAAAAACUUACCAAGCCUGAAACAACUUCUUCUUCUUUCAUCAAACGUUUGGUCCCUAAACCCUUUAUCUGGCCCACGGGUACACCCGAAUCGGUGACUGUUGACCAUGUGGAGUGUUUAAAGAGGUGUGAUGAAGUGGAGCCUUCCUCACCCUCACCUUUACUCCAACAUACAGAAGAGGAGGACAGGACCGGAAUUACCGAUUAUGACUUCCGCUUGCCCAUCGGGGUGUCGGACAAUGGAGAUAUGUCUAAUGUCCUAGAGGAGGGGCAACCAAAUGGGCAGGGUCCUGGUUACAUGCUAGGCAACACCGAUUUAGUUGAUGAGAAUCCUGGUUCUGGUUAUGAGAGUCGUGAUAGAGUGGUGGUUGAGCUGGGUCCAGAUGAAUUGGCUAAGGGCUACAGAGGCCCAGUCACAUCUGAGUAAAUGUAAGGCUACAUAUAAGUCAGUACCAGAUGUUUUGCACAGGAUCUCACAUUUUGAAAAUGUGAAAAGACUUGGUGACACGUGUAAAAGCCUGAUCAGUAUGAGUGCCCAUAUGUGCGAUUAGACUGAGGAGCUUCGUAUGCUGGAAAUCUACCAGUUUACCUGUAAGGGUUAUUUGUCUUAGUCAGGGUUAAUAGAAAAGCUGAAUGCAUUAUGUUUCUGCACAGGCUAAAUCCCAUUUAAAAGAAUUGUAAAGUAAAACGAUUAAUUUCAUCUUUUUCCUCAUGACGAGGCCUCAGUAGUGGAAGCACUUGAAAUGUUACAGGGAACUAUGGGCUUAAAAGACGUAAAGAGGAAAUUAAAAUCCUGUUUAUAUUCCUGCCUUACAUCAUAGAUCAUCAGGGUGACAGAAUAAUAUCCAUCCAAUAAUCAGACGCAUCCAAAAAUGAACAGUGGCUCCUAUACAAUAACACACACUUUAAAUAUUUCUGUAAUACAGUCAAUGUAUCUGUGGGCAUCUCAUAUACAAGCAUAUUUGGCAGUUACUGAGCCAGGUAGUCAGAAUACUGGAUUUGCUCUGGAGACUCUUGAUGAUUACUUGCACUUUCUUUUUCUAUCUGAUUCAUUUCUUUCCCUUUUAUGCUUGUGUUAUAUUAGUUAGAAAUCAGUUUGUAUAUUAUGACAUUUGUACAUUAAAUGAGGCGUGUGCUUUAGCUUCUCUUCAUGGAAGAUGUGGUUGAAGGGAAUAUAUGGGAAAUGUAUGAUUUGUUUUUUUCUUUAAAAACCACAAAAAUUCAAAUGUAAAAUGCUUUUUGUUGCACAACAAAAAAAUUUAAUAGUGCUUAACAAAUUUGUUAGACCACCUGUCAUUAAAAACUAGAAGUCACACAUUUUUAUAAGUUUGUUACACUUGUGUAAAACAAAAAAUCAUAUUAUUAUUUAUUAGGCAAAUAACAAACUGAACUCAUGUUUUUAUACCCAACUUUGGGCCAGCACAUUGGGCAUCUCUGAAAAGUGGGAAAUUAAUCAGGCAUAACAAUCAAAUACUGAAACAAAUUAAUCUGUACAGUAAUGCAAGUCAGUUACUGUAAUUCGCUGAUUUACUCAUCCACACACUGGUAGACUAAGUUUUUUAGUUACUACCAGAACAGCUGUGGAAUAAACCUUACAUUAGGUGAUCUAAUAAACAAAAGCACUUAUAACAUUUUUCUGCAUUGGUUUUUCAAUUUAACAGGAAGAAUGUGCUUUUUCUUGUCUUCUUUUUUUGUGCAACAUUUUUAUUGUCCUUAAAUUUCACAUGACAAAAGUUGGGUCUAAUUACCAGUUUAAAGGGACUGUAUGAUUGCAGUUUGUUUUUAUAUGAUGUUUUUGUUUUUUGUUUGUUUAUUUUAACUUUUGGAAAACUUGCCAAAUAAUUCAAACGUUGCACUAGAUUAUUUUUUUUAAUGUGCCUUUCUUAAACAGACAAUGGAGAAUAGUGAAAAUGGCAUGCUGUGAAGGUCCAGCUACAAUCAAACCUAGAACUCAUUACGCAGCGACAUGCUCUAUACCCAGUAAUGCUGUGCUUUUUAUCUGAUUAUCCUUUGUAAUAACAUACUUCAUAUAUAAAAAGUAAUACAAUGUGGGUAUGUCAUUUUGUCCAAUUUACUAAUGCCGUUUAAUGCACUUGUCUGGUCUCCGUUGCUCAAUUUCAAUAAAUUGUGGAACUGUGAA